AUGGCAACAAUCAAUCGAGUAUUUUCAGUACUCUCUGCUGUGAAUAAUGUAAAUUCAAUGUUAUCUAGAAAGAGUAGUAUAAUUCGAGUGUGUGCAGCCUUGUUAAUAUCGAGUAUCUACUUGGGAUGGUUUAAAAAUCAUGAUUACUUGGGAGAAGAAUUCGGUGAUGAUACAACUCUGUUCCGAAGAAUUCAUCUUGUGCACAAACCCUUUUUUGAUAAUUUAGUUAGAAUGCCAGAACAUAGUUUGCAGCUAACAAUGGAGGAUUACGCAAAACCCUACUCAAUGUUGGAUUGGUUUAAUGUUUUUACUUUGGGAUAUUUCGCAUUGUGGAUGAAGAAUUAUUUCACAACAUCCUUUUCAUUCCCAUUCCUUUUGAGUAUUGUUCCUUUUGAAUACUUUUUCAUUUAUGACUUUAUUUCAACAGGAAAGCAUUUGGGAUUGACUACUCUUUUUGAAAAUUUGUUUUAUUAUUUAUUGGUGACACUCAUUAUUAUUCGUGUAUUUAGAGAUUGUAAACAUGGAUUAUCUGAUGUGGAAUCGAGUAAUCCUGGAGGUCCAUUCUCCUCAAUUCAAGACUAUUGGACAAUUGUGAAAGGAGUUUUUACUGCUAUUGACCGUUCUUGGAAUUUAGGAUUGUCUGGUUAUUUCUCUUCAUUCUUUUCAUUUGAUUCAAUGUUCAAUCAAGCUUCUGGAACGCCUGGCUCAAAUGGAGCUCAACCAAAUAUUGACCCAAGCAUUUUCAUGAAUAGUUUUAUGGGAGGAAACGCUGCAAAUAAUCCAUUCAUGAAUUUGGGUAGAAUGAACGCAUCUGCUGGAGGAAGAAUGGGAUUACAAGAUUUUGCUGAGAUAAUGAGAAGAAAUUCCGAUUACUACAUUAAAACUCUUGCCGAAGAGGAAUCCAACAAGAAUAACGUUGUUUCAAACUCUACUCUCCUUCAGAAACGUCUUCAAUUAUUGGCUCCUUCCGAUGAUUCAGAUAGUGAAACAGAAUCUGAAGAACAAGUAACUCCAAAGAAGGAAACACCAACUAGACACAAUAGAUCCAAUUCGUGGUUGAACUGGUUUUCAUGGUAUUCUAUCACUACUAAACCUCACAUUCCAGACUCACCUCCAACACCUGAAACAACCACACCAAAACAACAUGAAAUUUCCUCUCCAUACCAAGUUGAGCAUACCAUGCAUUUGCAAGAUUUGUCACCAGAAUCAUCUUCAAACACCUCUGCCAACGCUGUCAAGGACAUUUCCCUCCUCCUCUUUCAACAAAAGGAAAGAAUUAAAGACUUGCAAAGAGACAAUGACCUCAAAGAUGAAUACAUUAAACAAUUAGAAGAGAAGGUGAGAGAAAUGCAUGAACAAAAGAUGUUUGCCAAGGAAAGAUACAACAAACUCAAGCACCAGUAUGAUGAAUUGGCAGAAAGGACCUCCUCUGAUAAUGUCAUGUGGAAUUCAGUAGCAUCCACCGUACUAGGAGCCUCCAACAAUAGUUUAUCUGUUAAAUUGGAUGCUGAAAAGGUUGUUGAGAAGAGAACAACAAAUUCCUCUGAUGAAGAUGAUUUCUCAUGUUUUACUUCACCAUUGAAACGUAAUAACAACAAUGGAAAUGCUGACAAUUGCCUACUCUCCCCAACACCAGACUUGGAUGCCUUGCUGGAUAAGAUGGGAUUAGAUGAUUAA